UUAAAUGGUUGUAAUUAGAAUGAGUUUUAGUUAUUAUCUUAAUUAAUUGUGUUAUAUCAUUUUUAUGGUAACGAAAAUCCCUUCGCAUUUUUCUUCACAAUUUUCUAUUACCACCUAAUUCCACAUAUCCAACCAAUGAUGAACGAUACUAAUUUUGUGAAGAGGACUAAAUGAUUACAUAAGGACAAACAUGAUCAUCAACCUUGUUGAAUAGAUUUCAUUAUCAAAUUAUAUUAAAAUUUCUUUACCAUUUCCAACAAGCCCUAAAUCACCAUCAUCAUCAUCUUCAUACAUUUCUCUUAUAGAGGGUAUGAUCAAAACUGGAGAAUAUAAGACGACGAUAAAUCAUAUUCUUAUUAAAGCAGGUUGUAGCCAGUGAAACCUCAGCUUGAAAAAGUUUUGCAAAUGAUAACAAAGAACGAGAAUACAUAAUAGGCAAGAUAAAGCAAGAAAAGACGGUAAAUCUAAUGAGUUAACAUAAUGUUAUGGAGUAAAUAGGAUUGCAUUGAAUAAGGGAGGUUUGAUGAGCUUAGGACAUAAAUGGUGUACUUUUCACCUUAUUUUCUAUGCGAUUGAAUGCAGACAGUUACGUGCAACUUUCACACUUCAAUUUUCCAGCUGCCUAACCUAAGCAGUAAGCUACAAUAAUUACAUGUCUUCACGUACAUUAUUAAGCACACUCUUCAAUCAUAUGUAAUCACUAGCAGUUAGAAAAACAAACUUGAUUUUAGUAUGGAGAUGGAAAAUCAUAAUGGAAUGCACAAAGGGAAAAGCAGAGAUAUGGAAGCAACUCAUGCAUUUCGGGUUGGGUUUUCGGAGUUGGCUUUACGGGUUUUAGCCUUGUUGCUAACUCUUGUUGCAGCCAUUUUGUUAGGGUUGGAUAAGCAAACUGUAAUUGUCCCUAUUACUAUAUCUCCUGAUCUUCCUGCUUUCAUGGCUCCUGUUCCUGCUAAAUACCAUUAUGUUUCUGCUUUUGUGUAUACAGUGGUAGUAAACGCCAGUGCAUGUGUAAUUGCGGCCAUGACACUAAUAGCUGCAAUUGCAAGCAAAGAUGGUUCACGCCGCCUGGUGAUCAUGGUCGUGGAUUUGAUGAUGGUCGCGCUACUCUUUUCGAGCAUCGGGGCAACAGGCGCCAUAGGAGUAAUAGGAUUAAAGGGCAACUCACAUUUACGAUGGGGCAAAGUUUGUAAUGUUUAUGCAAAAUUUUGUAACCAAGUUAUUGCUUCAGUUAUACUUUCUUUGUUGGGAGCUACUGCCUUUCUCUUGCUGAUUUUUCUUUCAUUUUUAAAGCUCCACAAGAAAGCCUAGUUAGAUUUUUAAUGUAUUCAAGGUUUAUUUUCUAGAUUUAUUGUCUAUUGGUGUUGAUGCAAUGUAAUAUUCUCUUAAUUAUAUGUAUUUGUGUCUUUGCUUUGUAUCUUUGAGAUGGAUGAAACUUAUAAGGAUAAAAUCGGAGAUUUAUAUUGGAUGAAUUACAUAUUAUAUUUGUA